AUGCCUCCCUCCACCCCACAGCCCGAAAAGGAUGACUCGCACCAACAACUCCUCGAUCAGAUGGACAUCUACUACACCCCAAAGCCCUUCCGCAAUCCCAACUGGAAACCAGGCACCCGGCGGAACAAAAACACCAAGCAGAUCAUCUCUGAGGCCCAGCGGAAAGAAGCAUCCGUUCUCGCAACACAGAAUAACUCGGGCGCAUCCACCCCUCUACCCAUAACUGAUGCCAACUCGGACGGUACAUCCACUCCUGCUUAUACCACAACCGCCUCAAGACCGGUUAACAUGGCCCAGGCCACCCAAAGUCUUAGCACACUCGUCCUCGAGCGCAACCUGCAGCGAGCGGCGAGCGGCUUGGCCACUGGCACUGGCACCGGCACUGGCGUUCCGACUGGAUUGGGAGCUGGAAUGACCAUGGGUAUGGGUGCCGGAGGCCCAGCAGUGACCUACACCAACAUUGAAAGCGCACCUAGCCUCCAUCCUGCCAACCAUCCACAUUACUGUGACGUGACAGGACUGCCUUCAAAAUACACAGACCCAAAGACCAAGCUGAGAUACUAUGACAGAGAGAUUUUUGCCGUGGUCAGAAGUUUGCCUCAGGGUGCACCAGACCAGUAUCUGGCUGCAAGAGGGGCGAAUGUGAUCUUGAGGUGA